CCGUGGAAGGGUAUGGAUCUCUUAAUCAUGCAAUUUUUGCUUAUAAAACUUUCGAUGAGAUUAUUAUCAUUAAUUUUAUGGUGAGGAUACAGAGACCAGAGAGAAGCUUCACUAGAAUCUGAGGCGCUCGGGUGGCCAUUUCAAGACCGUAGGCUGGCGGCAGAACUUCCGCUCGCGGCGUCUGGUUCCUCCGUCGCAACUCUAACCUCGACUUUUUUGCUGGAGUCUACCUCAUUUCCCAUUCCUUCAAUCCUUCUGGUGGCCUUUUUUUCGUAUUUCUAUUUAUUCAAGGAGGAAUUUUGCUUCACACAUUUCUUCAUGGGUGCUGAGGACGGGCCUGCAAUGGAGAGCAAAGUCACAGAGGAUUCAAAUACCGCAGCACUUUCUUUUAAUGAUUUGGUUCAUCAUUCAGAAGAAAAAGUUGCACACAAUUUAAAUCAUGAGGAUGCAGAGCCGAAACUUGAUGCUAGUCCUGAAGAGAUUAGAAGUAUUCUGGAGGUGAUUGCUGCCACUGGGAAGUUCUGGCAUGAUUGGGAUGAGUUGAAGAACAUGUUGUCUUUCCAACUGAAGCAGGUAUUGGCAGAAUACCCUGAAGCUCAGAUAGGCAGUGGCGCUGAACAGCAACAGAGUUCUUUGUCUGGCGAAACAUAUCGCGAGUUGGUAAAGAGAUUGGAUGAAGCUCUUUUAGGCUUUAUAGAAGGUCCUCCAUUCACAUUGCAGCGUCUUUGUGAGAUUCUUCUGAAUCCUAAAAGCACAUAUCGCAGUCUUUCCAAGCUUGCUUUGGCACUGGAGAAGAAUUUACUAGUGACCUCUACCCUCACCAUAUGCACUGAUCCAUACCCUGCAACUCCAGCCAAAAAGCCACCUGAACCUAAUAAAGUGAUCCAAGAAGAACCACAUGACCCUAACGAAGACGCCACCAAUGGAAUCAAUGAUGCAGAUGAAGAAAUGGUUGAUGCAGAGGCUGAUGAAGAUCCUCCAAACAAAGAUACAGAGAUGAAGGAAGAGAAAGGCGAAGAAGAUCUUACAGAAAACUUAGAAAAAAAUUCGGAACCUAUUCCUUUGGGGAAACCUUCCUCAACUGUUGAACAGCACGACUCUACCUGACAGGCACCAUUAAUGGCAUUUGAUUGCCCUUUUUAUAGAGUAAACAUUUGUGUAAUCUGAUGAGCUCAUAAUCCUUUUCAUGCGUACUUAUAAUUUGUGUAAUCUGAUGAGCUCUUAAUCCUUUUCUAAGUUGUUUUUAGAAAUUGUUUAAAAAGUGGUUCAACCUAUUCCAAAAAUUAUGGAAGUCAUGUAUAAUAUUCUGCAGGCUUUUUAAAAGGCUAUGGAAUAUUUUUCAUGGUAUGAUUUUAAGUUA